AUGGCCGAUUUUAGCAAGUCCAAUUCUUCCGGGCCUGUGAACAGGAAGCAGGCAUCCAUUCUGAGCUUUUUCAAGACACAGGAUGUGAAGGGAAAGAAGGUGACUGGUGCAGGGGGGGAGGUGGCCAAGGAAAGCAAAAGCGAUGCAGAUAAGAAUGGGGGGCAGCAACUGAGCGCGGCGAUGAGCACGCUGGACAAAUUUGCAUCCAAUGUUGGGAAGAAGCAAGAAGGGGGAAAUGAAGGAGAGCGAAGUUCCGAAACGAGUUCUACUGCAGUGAAGGAACAAAUUGAGCAUGAUCCCAGCGGAUGCAGCACGGAAAAUGCCAAAGCGGACCUAUUCUCCGAUGACAACGAAGAUGUAAACAAAGGUGGUGAGGUUAAAAGUUUGAUUGGAAAAAAAGAAAUCCAAAUGAAGAACAGCUACGAGAAGGUAUAUGCAGACAAUAAUGAGGAGUUGAGCACCGAUGAGGAUAUCAUCGUGAAGAAGAAGCGAAAGGUUAUAAUUGAUUCAUCCAGUGAAGAUGUGUAUGACGGGUCUAACGAGGUAAAUCAAGAGAAUGGAAAGAACAUGAAAAGGAAGGUAGUCCCAGGGAGUGAAAUGGUUGGCGUGGAUGGAAAGUUAAACAACCUGGUUUAUGAACCGAAUAAGUGUAUAAAAACGGAGGAAACGUUAUUCACUAAUGAGAAGAGCUCAAAGGAGAUUAGCAACAUAAACCGUCGAAAGGGAGAAGAUGGAAAGAAGUCACAAGAAUUGGAUACAUUAAGGAACAAAUUUCUAAGCAUGCCAAUCUGUUUGUCAAACGAUAAAUUCAGACUGUACAUAGAACAGUACUUCCUAUACUGCAAUACGUUUGAAUUUCCAAAAUGGGUUCAGCCGCAAUACAUUCGCGAUUUGAAUUUGAGGAGCCCAGAUAAUCCAGACUAUGACUGUUCCACUAUUUGGACCCCCCCAAUGGAUCAUCCUUGGGCAGUGGAAUACAAACAAGCUCACUACACCCCAGGGAUGCAACAGUUCUGGAAAAUAAAAUCCAAAAAUUUUGACAAGAUCAUAUUUUUUAAAAUGGGAAGAUUUUACGAAAUAUUUUAUAUCGAUGCUUGUUUGAUGCACACCAUUUGUGGGUUGAAUUGGAUGGGGGGGGAACAGAAACCUCACUUGGGUUUCCCCGAACAAUCACUUCAUUUGUAUGCCAAAAAGGUUAUUAACAGUGGGCACAAGGUGGUUGUAAUUGAACAGAUGGAGACACCAAAGGAGUUGGAGCAACGCAAUAAAGAAACGGCCGGUCCGAAGGAUAAAGCCAUUAAGAGGGAAAUUAACGAAAUUUUCACAAAGGGGACAAUUCUACAUGAUAAUAUGCUCAGUUCAGAGACAAGGUACUUGAUCUGCUUCCACUUUGACGACAUGGAAGAUUUAGACGGCAGUGUGGUGGGUGUUUGCAAUGGGGGGGUAGGAAGUCUCCCAGGUUCUUCAUCCCCAAAUGAUCGUUCAAUAAAGAGCAAAUGCAAUUUCGGCUUCGUCGUCAGUGAUAUAGCGACGUCGUAUAUCGCAGUGGGAUAUUGUAAUGAUGAUGAGUCCCGUAUCGAACUGAGGACAAUCCUGGCACAGUUAUGCCCGGCGGAAAUUCUAUAUUCUUCUAAGAAUAUCAAUAAGGAGGUGCUGUCCAUUUUUAAAAACAUCCCAGCUGAACCAGAACUGACAGCCGUGAGUUCCUUUCCUAAUAUUAUUGCCUCUCUAGAUGAGAUAAGGAAAUAUUUUGAGACCAUCCCCCCAAGUUUAGAAAUGCAUAAAGAACAGAACAGUGUGAUUUGUGCAUUCGGGGGGUUCAUCGUAUAUCUGAGGUCACUCCUACUGGACAAGAAGAUUUUUCGCUUCUGCAAAAUUGAGCAUUAUGAUCUUUUCAAGAGGGAAAAUUACAUGGUCCUCGACGCAACAGCAUUGAAGCAUUUGGAAAUAUUGGAAACCCAAUCAGGGGAAACGAAAAACUCCCUUUUCGAUUACGUGAACAAAACAUGCACAAAUUUUGGAGCAAGGAAUAUGAGGCGUUGGAUCUGCAGCCCACUACUCGACUGUGCGAAGAUAAACGAACGACUAGACGUGGUGGAGUUUUUAAAAAAGAAUGAGCAUAUCUUAUCCCUGAUCAGAUUGAAGCUGAAAAAGCUACCCGAUAUAGAAAGACUGCUUAACAAAAUUUGUAUACAAGCUUCUCAGAGCGAACGGGGAGCCGUCUUUUUCGACAACAUAGUGAGCACCAAGUUGAAAGAAUUCAUGACCUUCCUAAACGCCUUCAAGGAAAUAGGAAGUAUGCUCAUCGAAAUAAACAGUAUUGAAAAAGACGAUGAGGAGUUGCCGAAGCGGCUCUUUGAAAUUAGUAACACCCCAGAUAGGAAAAGUUUAGUGAAAAAUAUCCAAGGUAGUUAUCCACAUAUUGAACAGAUAACCAGUGAGUUUUUAAAAAAAAUUGAAUUCGAUGGAGACAAGGAAUAUAAACCAGCGGAGGGGUGUGAUGAAGCCAUUGAUCAGAUCAACCAGAAAGAGAAGGAAGUGGAAGGUGAACUGAACAAUAUCCUAACAAGAAUGAAAAAAAACAUGAAAAUUUCUUCACUGAAAUAUGUGCAUGCCAAGUAUAAGUACGAGGUGGAGUGCCCGGAAAAUGUCCCCAAGGUUUUUCUAAAGAACGUGGAAAUCACGUCUGCUAAAAAAGGAUUCAUUCGUUUUCACAAUGAGGAGAUAAAGCAAUACGUAGAGAUGCUGGAAGAUAUAGAGCAGGAAAAGAAGGAUGCCAUUUAUCCCUUCUUUAAGAAGAUAUUUCACUUGUUCUAUGCUCAUUAUGAGAAGUACGUGUCUGCGUGCAGACUGGUGUCCGAGUUGGACUGCCUGCAGGCCUUUGCCUUCGUGGCGCUCAACACGCCCUUCGCGCUCACGCGCCCGGUUUUGCACCCGAUGAGAAGGAACGAAAGUGCGGAAGAAGAAAGUGAAAACACAGAACAGAUCAACCAAACCGGCAGGAGCACCGUGCUUACAAUGGGACACAGUGCAGAUGGCCACGGGAAUGAACCCUUCCUCAUCCUCGAAAACAAUAUUCACCCCGUGGUGGCCACGCUCAUGCCCAACUUCAUCUCGAACAAUAUAUACAUGGGUUGCAAGCAGGAGAAUCAGUCUACGUUGCUCCUCACGGGUCCCAACAUGGGCGGAAAAAGCACCCUCCUAAGACAAACAGCUAUUUCGGUUAUCCUCGCCCAAAUAGGAGCCUUCGUCCCAUCCACCUAUUGUGAACUAACAGUGGUUGAUAAAAUUUUUACGCGAUUAGGAUCUAGUGAUAAUCUGUUCGAAGGAAAAAGUACCUUCCUGGUCGAGCUGGAAGAUAUUUCUAACAUGUUAAAGCAAAGCACAAAGUACAGUUUAGCCAUUCUGGACGAACUGGGCAGAGGAACCUCCUCCUUUGACGGCACGGCUAUUGCCCUUUCGACGCUGGAACAAAUUUCAGACGUGGUAAAAUGCAGGUGCAUAUUUUCUACACAUUACCAUCUCCUAGUGGAGGAAGUAAAGCACAACAAAAAUAUUUCAAACUAUCACAUGAGCCUAAGCAUAGACGACCAGCAGGAGAAAAUUAUUUUCCUAUACAAAUUUAUUAAGGGUGUUUGCCCCAAAUCGUUUGGUAUUCACAUUGCUAAAUUGGCUGGUCUCCCCAAAGAAAUCAUCGACUUAGCGCAUGAGAAGUCCACCCUGUUUGAAAACGUAACCGACGAAUUCUGCAAAAUUAUAAAGUACAAGAAUAUUGUGCGUUCUUUGCUCAGUGCCCCCGACGACGAAAAUUUGGGCGCCCUCUUCCGCAAGUACCGGACGGAGUUCGCCUCCUAA